GUGAAACGGAUCUGAAAGUGUUGUGGAGAGCUGCAGCACAGUCAGAGAGGUUCUGCUGCCUCGGGUUUGUUCUGCGGGUCGUUUAGAUUCGCUCCUCAUCGUCGUCUUCCUCCCACCAUGUCGGUUCUGCCUGUGCGGGUCAGAACUCUCCAGCGGGUCUGGAGGUUGAAGGGACUCGUCGUCCUGGUCUGCAGCCCGUUCCUCCUGCUGCCGCUGGCUUUCAGCACCACGGAGGCGGCCUGCGCCUACGUCAUCGCCCUGAUGGCGGUGUACUGGUGCACGGAGGUGUUACCGCUGGCGGUGACGGCGCUGCUCCCCACCAUCCUGUUCCCGGCGCUCGGCAUCAUGGAGUCCAAAGACGUGUGCAUGCAGUACCUGAAGGACACCAACAUGCUGUUUGUGGGGGGGCUGAUGGUGGCCGUGGCCGUGGAACACUGGAACCUCCACAAACGGAUCGCGCUCAGAGUUCUGGUGCUGGUGGGAGUCCAGCCUGCCCUACUCAUGCUGGGGUUCAUGGGAGUGACGGCCUUCCUGUCGAUGUGGAUCAGCAACACCGCCACCACCGCCAUGAUGGUCCCCAUCGUGCAGGCCGUCCUCCAACAGCUCCAUGGCAACAGUGAGAAGGUCCAUGAUGCCGUGGAGCUGGUGAAGGUCCCGAGCAGGACCGGAGCCGUGCAGCCGGAGCGUCAGCAGAAAAGCAGCCGCAUGCAGCAAAGCGUCGCCCCAAACGUCCUGAACAGAGAUCUGAACCCAACAACGGACCCCCGUAAAUCAGAGGCAGUCAUCCACCCAGAGGACAUCCGGUCCCCCGGGACGGAGGUGAAGCCUCUGACAGCCAAUCAGGAGGUCCUCAGACCGCCUCCAGUGGUCGUGACGGUGGAGAAGAUCGUCGCUGGACCUCACAUGGACCUGGAGGAGCUGACUGAUGAGGAAGAGCAGGAGAGGAAGAGGAUGAGCAAAGGUCUUCUGCUCUCUGUGUGCUACGCCGCCAGCAUCGGAGGCAUCGCCACCUUGACAGGAACCGGGCCCAACCUGGUUCUGAUUGGACAGAUGAGCCAACUCUUUCCUCAGAACGGCGACGUGAUCAACUUUGCUUCAUGGUUUGUGUUCGCCUUCCCCACCAUGGUGCUGAUGCUGACGCUGGCCUGGUUCUGGCUGCAGUUCCUCUACAUCGGCUGCAACCUGAAGAGGACGUGGGGCUGUGGCUCCGCCCGGUCCCAGAGGGACAACGCCGCCUACGCCGUCAUCAGGGAGGAGCUCAGGCAGAUGGGAACCAUGAGCUACGGUGAGAUCAGCGUCCUGGCUCUCUUCUCCCUCAUGGUGGUGCUGUGGUUUACAAGGGACCCGCGCUUCAUGGACGGCUGGGCCACCCAUGUCUUCAACGCCAAGGCAGAGUUCGUCACUGACGCCACCGUCUCGCUCUUCGUCGCCGUCCUACUCUUCGUUCUCCCCUCUGAGCCGCCGCGCUACCUCUGCUUCUGGAGACGCUCCCACUGCGAGGGCCAGCAGCCCCCAGGCCCCGCCCCCCCGCUGCUCACCUGGCAGGUGACUCAGCAGAAGAUGCCCUGGAACAUCGUGUUCCUGCUGGGAGGAGGAUUCGCUCUGGCUAAAGGCAGCGAGGAGUCGGGUCUUUCCCGCUGGCUCGGCGCUCAGAUGACGCCGCUCCACUCCAUCCCUCCGUGGGCCAUCGCCAUCAUCCUCUGCCUCCUCAUCGCCACCUUCACAGAGUGCGCCAGCAACGUGGCCACGGCCACGCUCUUCCUGCCCAUCCUCGCCUCCAUGUCUCAGUCCAUCAGCCUGAACCCGCUCUACGUCAUGAUCCCCUGCACCCUCAGCGCCUCCUUCGCCUUCAUGCUGCCGGUGGCCACGCCCCCCAACGCCAUCGUCUUCUCCUCCGGUUUCCUCAAAGUGUCUGACAUGGCUAAAACCGGCGUGGUGAUGAACAUCAUCGGGAUCGGCUGUAUCACCCUGGCCAUCAACAGCUGGGGCCGCGUCUUGUUUUCUCUGGACUCUUUCCCCUCCUGGGCCAACAGCACCGCCGCGGUGUAGAACCCACAACCUCCUGCCAGCCUGAGCCUCUAGAAGCAAAGUUCUCCAGAGACUUUUGAUUAAUCCAGAAAGUUCUAGAGAGAAGUCGUUACCUAUUCUUGUUAAAUGCGAGGGCCACAACUACAUGGAGGUCAUUGCAGCUGCACUUCCUGACAUGGAAAACAGAAUCUAGUCUCUUGAAGUCUCUUCUCAUAGCAGCCAUCGUUUUAUUUUAUGCUGCUGGGAACAGAAAAACAUUUUCCCUAAAACAUUUUAUUUUAGGGAAAUAAUAAACUUUCUAUCAGGAAAACGAGGAAAAUCCUUGAUUUUAUGCAAGUCUUAAACAAUAGAACAACUUUUCAGUCUGCAGUGGAGCUUCUCUCUUUUAGUAACUAUAAGUGCAUAUAAGUAUAUAAGUAUAUAUUUCAGUGGAUUAGUUAUUGGAUUAUGUACAUAUGUAACUUGCAGAGUUUUCUACCAUCUUGGAGUCAACGGUUUUAUUUUUGAUCUGUAAAUAAACAUGUGACUAAAUUCAGGUCA